AUGCAACGCGAAAACUCCAUCACUGAACCAUCCUCGGCGACUGUCAUCCCGGAAUCGCAAUUAUUUACAUUUAACAGUAACAGCAGUUCAAUGUCGAACGAUGGAAACAAGAACAAGCGGCGCAAGGGAAAUCCAUCUAAUGCGGACGAGUCUUCAGAGAAGAAGAAGACUAAAUCAUGGAGUAAAGAUAACGUUACCCCUAACAGCAAGUCAUCCGAGACAAUACUGUUGGAAUGGUUGCUUGAACCUGGUAACUAUCAACGCUACCGAGGUACUGGCGGCAAUACGGCCAAGAAUUCGAAGACGCAAGGAAGCAAGGGCAAUUCGAAGGACACUAGAAAGUUAAACGAAUGGAUCACCAACUUUAACAAAGCCAAUGACUUGAUUGGAGAGACCGGUGGCGGCGGACCUUAUGGUGAUGGGGCUAUUGACAAUGACGAGAAUGGAGCCGAUGAAGACAAGACCGGUAUGUAG